ACUUUUACACGUAAUCACCAUCAAAAUGCAUGAUUAUGAAAUUUCUUAAUAACUUGUUGAAGUGUUUUUCAUGUAACACAUUGGAUUUCCCCAAAUAAGAAGAAGUAAUGAGAUUAUCACUCCACAGUAUGGCUUCAAAUAAAAUUCACAACAGUCUUGAUUGUGAAGCUUAGUGAUAAAGUUGUUGAUGUGAGACUGAUACUUGCCAUUUUUUUUGGUUAAUAAGUGAAUUGUUUAAGUCGUGUUGAGCAUUUUGACUGAAGGUUGAAUUAGAUGCAUAUUCAUCACAAAUCAAACCAAUUCUCAAAUAGUAUUAAAGUACUAUUGUUAUUAUUAAUUACUUAUAUAUCAUGGUGCAAUGCAGUUUCGGAAGAGGAGGUGAAAGAGGCUUUAAGGUUGGUAGAUGAAGAGCGCAACAAUCCUGCUAGAUACUGUGGAAGACGAUUAAAUCAUGUGAUGAAAUUUGUGUGUAAACGUGAAGUAAGAGGUAUGAUUGGCCCACAAUACGAAAAGAAGUCAUUGGAUCCAACAAAGGAUUUGGAUCUCUCUGUAUUUUAUAAUGAUCGAGUAGACAAUUAUGAAGAAGAUGAUUCAAACAAAAAUCGCUUCAAAGGAAACGAAUUUGAUGACUUAUUGCCAUUUAAUGACCUCGCAUUAUCACGUUUUCAAGCCAGAAAUCGCCAACGUCGUGGCAUCAUCGAUGAAUGUUGCAGAAAUCCAUGUUCUUGGUCGAACCUUGUUAAAUACUGUCCAACAAUGGGUUAAAUUCAUACAACGUCUAAUGCAUACAAAUAUUUAUAAUUGGCCUUUAUCACAACACAAAAAAUUACCAAUGCCUUGCUAUAAAAAUUAUUUUGGACCAUUCUCA